GCCAGCCAGCCGAGGGGAUGGAGGGCGGCGAGGCGAGCGGCGGGGGUCUGCUGCAGCAGAUCCUCAGCCUCCGCCUGGUGCCUCGCGUCGGUAACGGCACCACCUACUCCAGCCCGCUGUCCACAUUCCCAGAGAUGUGGUACGGCGUCUUCCUGUGGGCCCUCGUCUCCUCGCUCUCCUUCCACGUCCCCGCCGCUCUGCUCGCUCUCUUCACCCUCCGGCACCACAAGUACGGCAGGUUCAUGUCCGUCAGCCUCCUGCUGAUGGGCAUCGUGGGACCCAUCACCGCCGGCAUCCUGACAAGUGCAGCUAUUGCUGGAGUUUACAGAGCCGCUGGGAAAAAAAUGAUUCCUUUUGAAGCCCUCAUUUUUGGAGUGGGUCAGACGUUCUGUGUGGUGGUGGUUUCAUUCCUGCGGAUUUUGGCCACCCUGUAGCUUUCCUCCAGAUGUUGGUGAUUGAAAAUGGAAGCGAAACAUCUGCAGCACGCCUGGUGUCUGUGAAGGCAGUAACCAGGGAGCACAGCUUAGAUGGCACCUUGGCGUGCGUUUCCUCCCCACUGCAAAGCUGCAUGAAGGCAUCUGCUGCCUCAGGCCGGUGGCAGGGCUCCCUGACUGUGAUAAGCAGGAAUCUCCUCGCAGAGCCUGGCCUGAAGGGCCGCUUGCCACAGAUGUGAUGGAGAACGUGCUUUCUGUAACUUAUCUUGCUCCUACAGCAACCAUAACAUCCAGGUUUGUUCUUCAGCACUGCUGAAGCUGUGUCACCAGCCCUGAGUGAGUGCUGGCAGCCAGGCUCUGGUGCUGGCUGCUUGCUGGCCGCUCCAUGGGGCUGCAGUCUGCUUCAGAAAUUGAGGUGAAAAUGGUUCAUUUCGUUACGUUCUUGUAACGCUAAGUGCCAAGUGAAACUUUGUUUUCCUGGAGGAUAGGCAGAGGGCUCUGGCAGAGACUCGCUGACCUCUGGUGG